AUGUGGGAUGAUCAUACUGAACAUUGGAAAGGUCUGUCUGUCAUUGUCAUCCGUGGUCACCCAAUCACAGUCGAAUACUGGCCGUUACUCUAUCGCUAUGGAAAACAGCAGCAGUGGCAGGGCAUGAAGAAUAAAUGGAAUGAUUGGCAGGUUGUCAUCGAGCGUUACCAUCAAGGCAGUCCUGAGCAGUUCUGGGCCACCUUCAGUGCCAAAGGAGAGCACAUGAAGUUUACCACAAUCAUCCAGAAGCUGCAUGAUAUACGCAUGUCAGUUGACUCUCGCCUUGCAGAACAGGCACACAGAGAGUUUGGUGCCACCUUCGACACUCAUUUUACCUACCGGAGAGGAGGACAAGAGUUCGUCAUGACAAAGGCAUCUGCUGUUGCAAAAAGAUUCAUUGAGUUGACCGGCAAAGGUCUGGCAUGA